AUGGUCGACAGUAAUCGCUACAAAGACGAUCAACACAAGCAGUUUAUAAACAGAACAGAGAUGAAGAAAAAAUAUAAAUCUGGAGACUUCAGUCUGACUCUGAGGAACCCCACAGACAGAGACUCAGGAACCUACAGCUGCACCGUCUACAGGUCAGGAAAAAUCCUGGCUAAGAAACAAGUGCUGCUCAAGGUCAAAGCUGACUCUCCGAUCAUGGCUAUAGACUUUGGUUCAGGAUACAGCGGCUACGCCUUCAAUCUAAAACCCAGAGAGGAAGGAGCCAACAACAACUAUAUGAGGCUCCUGGAGCUUUUCACAGAAGUUCUGAGGUUCCUGAAGGACGAUGCUCUGAAAACCAUCAAACACCAUCCAGCAGGAGGAGAAAUCUCAGCCUCUGACUUCACCUGGGUGCUGACUGUUCCUCACAGCUUGAAGGAUAUUACUAAACGGAUCAUGACAGAAGCUGCUGUUCUGGCAGGUCUUGUAGGAGAAGACACUAAAGACAAACUGGUGUUUGCUCUGGAAUCAGCAGCAGCUUUGGCCUGGUGUUUGAAGCCUCCACCUGAUGGCUUCAUCACACAGAACCACAGCAGAACCUCCCAGGAUCAACCUCCAGAACCAGCAGACGCUGGUACCAGCUGUAACGAUCCAGCAGGAGGUCCAGAACCAGAAGAAACCAGAGUUCUGCUGGAGACCCAGAACCAAGAUCAGGUGGCAGUUCACUUUAAGAAGGAACCAGAAGAAACCAAAGUUCUGCUGGAGACCAGAAACCCAGACAGGAAACGGUACCUUGUUGUCGACUGUGCAGGUAAAUGUUAA